ACUUCCUCUGACCUUUGGAGUGCUGGUUGCAUUCUGUACGAGAUGUAUAAACGGCAGCCGCUCUUUGCUCGCGAUCUGCCGCGGCGCGUGAAGACUCUGGAAAGCCUCUUUGGUCGCCCGGAAGGCGUGAAGACCCUGGAGAGCUGGUUGGCCGAGUGGAGAUCAAUGGAAGCGAAGAGA